AUGUCAAAUAUUUUAAAUCAAAAUUUAUUGAAUGAUAUAGAAGAAUUUAGACAACAAUCAUCAAGAACAAUAAAUGAUGCAAUCUUCACAUUGAAUAAUUUACAAGGUGAUAAUCAUAGAUUAACAUAUUAUGCUGAAAGAAUUGAUCAAUUACAGCAAUUUUUUUUAACACUUGAUCAGAUUUUUAUCCAGUCAUACAUAAAUGCUAUUAUUGAUUCUCUUCAACAAUUAAGGCAUCAACUUCUUGCAGCAAUAGAACAAACAAGUGAUAAUGAAACUUCAGCUAUCUUGAUCAUAGAAAAAGUUAAGACAGGAGGUGCACCAAAAUUUAAAGUAUCAAGAGAUUUAGUUGUCACAUUAAAAGAAAAUAAUUUUACAUGGAAAGAUAUUGCAUGUGUUCUUGGCAUAUCAGCAAGGACUUUGAAAAGGCGAAGAGAUGAAUUAGGAAUACCUAAUGAUUUAAAUCCAUUUUCAACUAUAUCUGAUAAUGAAUUAGAUGCUUUAAUAGCAAGGAUUAAAAUUGAACAACCAUUUACUGGAGAAUCCCUAAUCCGAGGGCUAUUAUCAAGUAUGGGAUACCAUAUUCAACGAUAUCGAGUUCGUAGUAGUAUAUAUAGAGUUGACCCAAUUGGUCCAAAUAUUAGAUUAUCAAAUUUUAUAAUUCGCCAACCUUAUAGUGUUGCUGGUCCAAACUCAUUGUGGCAUAAUGAUGGAAACCAUAAGUUAAUUAGAUGGAAAUUUGUAAUUCAUGGUUUUAUUGAUGGAUAUAGUAGAGCAGUAACAGGUUUACAAUGUAAUACCAACAACAGAGCAGAAACUGUAUUGCAACUAUUUCUUAAAGCAACAGGAGAAUGGGGUAUCCCACAUAGAUGUCGAGGUGAUCGUGGUGGUGAAAAUAUUCUUGUAGGUGAAUGGAUGGUUAAUUAUCGUGGAAUGAAUAGGGGAAGCUAUAUUUUUGGCCGGUCAGUCCACAAUCAAAGAAUAGAACGUUUAUGGAGAGAUGUUUAUCGCAUUGUCCUAAAACUUUAUUAUCAUAUUUUUAUUCACCUUGAAAAUGAAUAUGGGUUAGAUCCAAAUAAUAAUAUACAUAUAUGGUGUCUUCACUAUGUAUAUAAACCAAUCAUUAAUAGAGCUCUUCUGAUUUUUCAAAACCAAUGGAAUUGUCAUUCAAUCUCAUCUGAACAACACUUUUCACCAAAACAAAUGUUUCUCAGUGGAGUGCUUUUAAGAGGUGCUAGGGGUAUUACUGAUGAAGUACCAUUAAGUUCAGAAGAGGUGAAUAUUGAUCAGACAGAAUAUGGAAUAGAAUGGAAUGGUCCAACAUCAUCAAAUGACAAUGAGGGAUUGAAUUUUUCAGAUGUAGGAUCUCCAAUUAAUUUAGAACAAUUUAAUGAAUUACAAAAUGUUGUUAAUCCAUUAUCUGAUAAUGAAA